GUGACCUACGGGAGCGGCCAUCAUUGCGGUGACAUUGGGAGGCAGAGAGAAGCUAGACAUUGUGGUUAAUGGCAGACGUGUUAUACUGCUGAGGGCAGCUCCAUUUACAUGUCUUCCUGAGAUGGCAGAGCUAUCCCUGGUCCUUUCCAUAGGACAUUAAUGUGGUGGUCACGUGCGGCCAUCGCUGUGAUAUUAGGACCUACGUGACACCAUAGCGUACGGAUGAGAUACAUGAAGGACGUGUGCCUCCAUUCCAUUUUUCUCACCGGGCGUUGUCUGGUGAAAAGUCCGGAUCUUAUAGACAUUCCUGUUGAUCGUCUGACCAUCUCGUACAGCAAGAGCAGUGGUCCUGGAGGACAGAAUGUUAACAAAGUUAACACAAAGGCUGAAGUGCGAUUCCACUUGUCCUCAGCUGACUGGAUCCCUGAAGAUGUCAGGCAGAAGAUCUCUGUGCAGAAUAAAAACCGGAUAAACCGCGAAGGAGAAUUAAUUGUAGCUUCACAAGUGAGCCGUCACCAGAUGCGCAACCUGGCCGACUGUCUGGAUAAAAUCCGAACCAUGAUUUCUGAAGCCAACCAAAAGCCGAAGCCUGUGUCGAAGGAAGAUGCUCAGCUAAGGCAAAUCAGGUUGGAAAACCUAAACCGAGAACGCUUGCGCCAGAAGAAGAUCCAUUCUUCAAUAAAACAGAGUCGUAGUGUAAACUUGGACUGAGGACAAGGCUAACUUCUUACUUUUCUGUGACAUGGCCUCCACACUCGGGGAAAUGAAACCUUGUCUUGUGCCUAAACCUGAGGUCCUGAUGGCAUCACGUGGUUCAUAGAAACUGCUGGGUGAUUAAUGGUCAAACUUGUGGCAUCCACACCUGGAGUAAUACGAAUUAUGACCAAUAAAAGUGACUUAAUAAAUCUG